AUGCAUCUCCUCUUGACCGGGGCGACAGGCGUCGCCGGCCUUGCGGUCUAUCGCGCCGCGCUUGCUGAUCCCGCCAUUACGCACAUCACACUGCUCACGCGACGCUUGUUCCCCGCCUGGACGGCGGCAGAGCUGCCGCCCAACGCCCCCGUGAAGACGACCGUGCUCCUCCAUUCGGACUUCCUCGCGUAUCCGCCGGACAUCAUGCGCGUGCUCGGAUGCGCGGAUGCGUGUGUGUGGGCGCUCGGGCGCAACGCGCUCGGCAUGCGCGAAGAGGCGUACACGGAGGUGACCUGGGCGUACGCGAUGGCUGCAGUCAUGGCGCUGUGUGAGGCAGGCGUCGGCAUGGGGCGGGCGGCGGGGAGCGAGUUCAGGUUCGUGUUCGUCAGUGCGGAGGGCACGGAUUCGGAGGUGAUGGGGCGGCCCGGGCGCAUGUGGGCGACGGUGAAGAGGAAAACAGAGUUAGAUCUCGCGGCGUUUUGCGCCAACUCGGUGGGGAUGAAGGCGCACAUCUUGCGUCUGGGGUAUUUCUUCCCAUCAUCCAAGUACGCGGAGGUGAGACGAAACCCGCGCGAUCUGCCCCUUCAGUGUACAGAUUGCAUCAUGGCACCGUUAUUAUCGUUCAUGGCCCCAACACUUUCCACACCAAGACAUGAUCUUGCCUGGUGCGCGGUCGAGCUAGCCAAGGGUCGGUGGCCGGACAAAGCUUUGGUGCGCAGCGAGGAGAUUACACAGUUGACGAAGAAGCUGUGA